CUAGGACUAUUGGAAUUGCACCAGUCAGCUCUCUAUUUUUAACAAAAGUUAAAAUGAGUGAGGCCAUUUCAGCGAGCAGUCUCAAUGAAAAGCAAGGAUCUCUGAAAAGAUCUCAUGAAGAAGAUGAUGUUAAUGAAGCCAACAAAAAAACUAAAGUAAACAGGAAGAAAAUGGCUAUUGUCUUGGGUUAUUGCGGAGAAGGAUACCAUGGUCUUCAAAGAAACAAAGGAACCAAAACGGUAGAAGAAGACAUCAUGAAUGCCUUGCUUAAAGCAGGUGUUAUUGGUGAUGAUGUCUUUGAAACAGCUCAACUGAUGUCUUUCCAACGAGCUGCUCGAACCGAUAAAGGUGUCUCUGCAUUGAGACAAACCCUCUCUCUCAAAUUACCUGUGGAUGUGGAUAUCAAAUCGAUUGCGCAGCAUUUGCCAGAGCAGAUUAGAAUUUUUGGAAUGAAGCGGGUGACGAAGGGCUUCAAUAGCAAGAAUUCAUGUGAUGGUCGAACAUAUUCAUAUACAUGUCCAUCAUUUGCAUUUGCUCCUAGUAAUGUAGAACCCUCCGAAGAAUACAGAAUAGACCCUGAUUCUUUGUCUAAUGUCAAUAAUAUACUUAAGAUGUACGAAGGAACUAAAUGUUUUUAUAAUUUCACCGCUAAAAGGAGGCCCAAUGAUCCAAGUUGUAAUAGGUAUAUGAAACAUAUAGCAUGUAGUGAGCCCUACAUGAAGGAUGGUUUAGAAUUAGUGGAAAUCACUGUGAAAGGUCAAAGUUUUAUGUUGCACCAAAUUCGUAAAAUGGUGGGCUUGGUCAUGGCGAUAUCUCGGGGCAUCACAUCUGUUGAAACGAUGACUAAAGCGUUCCAAACGUUGAAACUGGAUCUUCCUACUGCGCCUGCCUUAGGUUUAAUGUUAGAACAGGUGCAUUACGACUCAUAUAAUAAAAGAUUUGGCUCGGAUGGAAUGCAUGAAGCUCUAGAUUGGGCAGAAUUUGAGUCAGAAAUCCAAGCGUUCAAGGACAAAGUUUUAAUACCUCAUAUAGUUAAAACGGAAAAAGCUGAAAAAACGACGUUAUACUUCAUCACACAAGAACUCCCCAGGCACACAUUUAACGUUCGAGACGAAGCAGCUGAAGAAUGUGCUGGGCUCCUAGCGUUAGGCAAAGCUGCCAACCUCAUUGAAUCUGAAGACAAAUCCAACGACUCAUACCUCAACGACAACCUCAACACUUUAGCACAGGCAGCUCAAUCUGUCAGUCCUGAAAAAUUCAAUUCAAAGUCGGACUGAGCUGACAAGUACCUGGAAACCCAGCGUUAAGUUUUUCUCGAAAGUAGCCUUAGGUAGCACACCAAAAACUGGUCUGCUAACUCUUUUUGUGACUUGCAAAUUUUUUCCUUGUUGGAAUGUAUUUCAAUUGCAAGCUUAAAAAAAAAUUGAAGCAAGAUUGUAAAAGUAUCUUUCAUUAUGAUUUUCUCCUGUUUACAAGUGUGGUGAUGAAAUGACCAUGACGUCAUUAAAACAGCCCUCACCCCAGGAGCAAAAAAAGAAAGGGGAAAAAAUGGUUUAAGUUCAGAAAUGGUUUUAGAGUUUUUUCUAAGCCCUCUUUAUCCUUAUACUCUCAACUGAAGUGAGUAAGGACUCGCCAGCUUGUGGAAAGAAAUGAAUUGUUUGAUUUAAAACUUCAUCCGAGAUGAAUCGUCCGAGAAUUUUAGUUAGAUAACUAACAUCGUUCCUCCAUAAAUGUGCCCUUUCACCUUUGAAUUCCUUAAAUUACCUUGAUCCACUUAAGUAUUUUUUAUAGUUUGUUUACUCUCAAAGGUAAAUCUAGCAAGAGUACAUAUGUAGUACUAUUUAUUCGUCAUGCCUUUACAUCAAUCCUAACAUUUUUGUUUACUUUUCUGCUCAAGUCAUAGGUCCCAGCUCAUUUAUUCCAACUUAAGCUGAACAGUUCUGUUACUGUAACCUGAAACCUGGCUUCAAAAAAAAAAAUAAAAAAAAAAUUUAAAGAACAUCUUUUAAAGAGGGAGUAGAAUACAUGAGUCUGAAAAUGAAAUAUAUUCCAAUAAAUUUUUUGCCGUCACACAAAAAAAAAAGUACACAGUCAUUUCGGUUUUGAGCUUGUAAUCUCAUUGCAUCUUUUUUCUGAUUUUGUAUAUUUCAAAAGCAGGUUUCUCGCCACCUUAAUGAGUGGUCUGCUUUGAUAAAAAGAGUAUUCUGUAGCCUCCAAUAUUUUUCUGAAUUAGGGGAGAUAAAUUUAUUUUGAUUCCCAGAUGUGUGCAUCAUUUAUUUGAGCUUAUCGGGAGAUGAGAACUGGUGAGAUACAUUUCAAAAUUAAGACACCCUUAAAUUUUUUCUUUAAAAAAAAACACUCCGGGGUGGAGGGGGGACCCCCCGAAUCAUAGUAUUUAGUUGUUACGAGAGUACCAAUUAUGACAAUUUCUGUGGAUUUUAAAAAUAUUUUUCAUGUUGAUGCAUUUCUGGAAUAUUGGACCCCAAGUAUCAGUCCAUAUUCAUCCUGAGCUGCCUAAUAAAUUAUUCUAGCAGCAAGGUUUAAAUUAAUCUUAUCAUACUGCCUGUCUUGCACUUGCUCAGCUAGUGGUUGUUUUCACCGCAAAGUGCAUUGUCUAUUUUACAGAUGUACAUUCUUGCAACCAUUUACUUUCACUAUCAAGGGCUUUCCAUUUGAAGGUAGCAAUUGGAAUAUAUUUUACAAAAACCGCUAAUGUUCAUUUUUUCAAUUUUCAGUUAUUUUAUGUCAAUUAUACUUUUCAAGAGUUGAUAAAUCCAUGAAAGUGGUGCAAAGACUUGUUUCGUUAUUAAAAUAACUCUAAAAUGAGUACUAACAUCAUUUCAUUGCUGCAUCUAACUCUGAAAAGUAUCAUCAACCCAAAAAACACAAUAUUGGGAAAACGGACACUAGCGGUUUUCACGAUUCAAUUAAAAAACAGAACUGCAAACCUGAGAGUCUCCAAAAAGUCAAAUUUCUGAAUUGUUUCAUUUCUCGAAAGUCCUUAUCAACUUGAACGAAAUAGUAUCAAAAUUAACAGACCUAAAAAAUCCAUGACUUGUGGCUCAAUUGCCAGUUAGAGACAAUUUUUUCUUGGGUUUAUUUUGACUUCUCCCCACUUUCCUUCGUUAAUUGAAGGCUUUUAAAGGCAAAGAAAAAAUGUAAUUUCCAUGAAAUUUAAAUAUAAUUUUUGCUCCAUUUUUGUGAUCACAAGAUUCCCAACUCGCAUCAAUAUUUCACAUUCUGUUUAAAGAGGUUUUACGUUGAACUAAAGAACUUCCAACUGAAAAAUUAUGUUUUUCAAGUUUUUUGUAAACAGUGUUAACUUUUUCAAAACAAAAUAUCUCACAAUUUCUCUCUCAACUCGUAUGAUAUGUCCGGUAAAGAUUAGGAAUCAUUCAAUCAAAGAGUCUCGUCAAUUGGCGUCAUAAUGAGUGAGGUGAAUGAUCUAUGACAUUUCGGAAUAUAUGACUAAACCCCUCUGUAUAAAUGACACAACUUGUUCAUUUUUGCAUAGGUUUCUAAGACCAAAAGUUAUUUUCCCACAGGUAGAAAUACGGUCAAAUAGUGCGUCAACUGUUCUUUAGUACUUGAGCCAUUCUGACAGGUCAUCAACUUGAACCUCUACUAAAGGUUUUAGAGGUUCAGAUAUUUUUUCCGGUGAUAAAUCCUGGAUAGUCACUUCUGCAGCAUGAUCCUGUGAAUAUUCAGCUGCAAUUUUUCCUUGACUAGACUGACAGUGUAAAAUUUAGCAUCAGACUUAUUGAUUUACUCUGAAUUGGCUUUUUAAAAAAAUCGUCUUUCUAGUCUCCUGAUUAAUCUUGCAGUUGCAGAUCGUCAUUACUUGAUUGCGCCUGAAUGGUGAUGAUCAAAUUAAUUUCAUCUUUUCAAGCCAUUCCGUCCCAAAAGAACAUCCAGAUUAAGGUUCUAAUAACGUAAAUCCAUCCCCUCCCCCCUCCUCUCUCUCUUUUUGCUCACUGUCGACUGAGGAUUGUAUGCUUUAACUUUUGUAAAAUUAACUUGAAAUAAAUUUUCUAUUUUAAAACAA